AUGUCAAAAGACACCAAGGCCACGAUCAAGGUUGCCGCUGUCCAAGCCUCGCCAAUAUUCCUGGACAAAUGUGCCACCACAGAAAAGGUAUGCGCCCUCAUCCGCCGCGCCGGCUCGCAAAGUGCCCAAAUCAUCGGGUUCCCAGAGACUUUUAUUCCCGGCUAUCCAGGCUGGGUUGAGUUGCUUCCCCUACACACUGAACGAGCUGCUUCGCUCUUCCUGAAACUCUUCAACGAAUCGGUCGAGGUUCCUGGUCCUGAAACCACGGCUAUUGGGGCAGCUUGCAAAGAAGCAAGCAUGUACGCGGUUGUGGGAGUCAACGAGCGGCGAGCAGGUACCACGGGCACAUUGUUUAAUACCAAUUUGUUCUUUGGUCCGGAUGGCUCCAUCUUGCACAAACAUCAGAAAUAUGUACCUACGGUUGGGGAGAGGCUUGUCCAUGCUCCCGGUCAGACUGGUAGUCGAGCGUCUGUUAUGACUGAGUUUGGCGUGCUGAGCAGUCUUAUUUGCGGAGAGAAUGGGAAUCCCCUUGCCCAAUAUGCUAUUGGGCUGGACUACCCGGUUAUUCAUGUUGCUAGUUGGCCUGGUCAUUUUGGAGAAGGCAUGACCGUGGAUGGCGCCAUCAAUGUGUUUGGGCCUGCUGUGGCUAGUUCGGUGGGUUGCUUUGUAGUCCAUGCUGUAGGCGUUGUGGGGGAUGAUGCUAUUGAGGUGUAUGGCGCUGACGAGAAAUCGAGACGGUUUUUAAAGGAGCAGCAGAAGCAGUCUAGGGCGUGCGUGAUGGGCCCUGGAGGAAGGAUAUUGGCAAAGGGAAGUGAGGGUGACGAGUUGGUGUUUGCUGAUGUCUGUGUUGAUGAUCUGGUCAAGGCAAAGUAUGGACUGGGAGGGCAGUGCACCGACUUCUUAAGCCAGAGCCGACGUCGAUCCCGAGUACGGAUAAAGAGGUCUUACAGGGAUGUAGGUCAAGCAGAAGUGCUUAUAGUGGUCAGGUUUAACGGAUCAAGUCUUUUUAUCGACAAUCGCAGUUGUAAUCGCGCAUACGCUGCAUAUUCAUACUCUUGCGACGUUCAGGCUCGAAACAACGAUAAGCUGUUGUCAGCCGCAGAAGGAGCCGCCGAGGCCAUCUACUCUGUCCACAAUACUAGCUUCAAAUAUGGCCCUUCGUGUCGAAUAUCUGGCAAAUUUUAUGGUAGUCUUCUCGAUUUCGAUUUCGUUGCCGACGUUAUUCAUGUGGAUUACGUUUUCGUCUUUGAGUUGCGAAGCCGGGGGGGGUAG